CGGGCCACCCCCACAACCCCCCAACCCCCAGUUGAAUCCUCCGGACGCCAUGGCAGCCGUACCCUCCUCCUCGUCGUCGUCGACUCGCCCGAGUCUGCCUCAACUCCCCAAUGGAGAAGGCGACGAGCCUCCAAACUGGGUUCUCCUCGACAUCCUGGGCUACAUCGCUGAAUGCCCCAACGCAACCUUCGCCGAGAGCUCCACCAGCAGCGGCCAUCGCAUCCAAGUAUCCUUCUACACCGCCCGCCCGCCUAACGUCUCCCACUUCUGUGUCCACUGCCCAGGUGUUAAACCAUCAGAAUAUCUUAUGGCUCCCAAGGUCAUCAGCGCAGAGGCCAAUCUCAUCCUCUUCUGCCUUUCUGUGACCCCCUACGCCUGAUUCAAUCCGCGUUACCGCGACUACUUCCUCUACAGGGCGCACCCACGGAACCCAUCACUGGACCUUCUUCCGCAUCCGUACCCCAACUCCUUCGGCGACCAGGAGGUCGCCCUUCUGAGCUUCGACGGCGACGGCGACGAGUGCGCCGUCGCUGCUCUCACAAGCAGGUGCGACACCGUGGCUCUCGAGGAGGAUGACACGCUCAACGAGACGGAGUUCGAUCUCCAUCUGUACCGCUCCUCCAAAGCUCAGGAGGGGUGGACCUCCAAGGUGCUGUCGGUGGCACAGCCACGGAGGGACAUUCUGUGCCCUGUGGAUCGAGGCCUGUAUCAUGAGACCACGAAGGUGAUCGUCCUAGGGCGUGGCAGCCUAGCCAUGGUAGGCUGGGUUGACCUCGUGGCAUCCUCGUCUGCAAUGUGCUCCAGGAGAAUCCCGUUCUCCAUGACAUACUGUUGCCGCCACCGGCGAGGGGUAACUGGGCACUCUACCACAAAUGCCGCCCGUACAUCAUUCGGGACGUCACCGUCAGCUUGCUCAAAGAUUCCAUCAAGUACAUUGAGAUGGAAGUUUGCCCACCGGUUGUUGACCCUGGCGACCCUCCUGCGUCCUAUGCUAACUGGUUUCGUCAAAAGCCUCGUGAAUGGCAGUGCAGAACGCCUUGUGUAGGCUGGAGAGCCACCACAUGGAUCCUAUCGAUCUCAAAUGUUACAUCUGCAAAGUGGAACAUUAACUGCACCUUUGAUAUUGCUGAUGUCACUGUCGACCCAAUGCAUUCUGAGCUGCUGCCUAAGCCGAGCAGCAUCAACGACAAUCCCAGUGAAGCAUCAUUGCAGUGCCUCGUCAUUGGUUUUCCCACCAUGAGCAUGGAUGAGGAUGUUGUCUACAUGCUGUCUAAGGCCUGCCCCAUGGGUUCGAUGGAAGUUGUGAUUGCUAUUGACAUGAAGAAGAAGAAGGUGCAAGGAGUUGCGAAGCUUGUUACCGGAAAAGACUUCACUUAUACGCGUAACUGCACCAGCGAAGUCUCCAAAUAUCUUAGUGAAGACAAGCCUUUUUGCAAGAUAGGUUCAAGUGAACCAGAGGUACAGGAGGGCACAGGGGGAAGAGAUAAAGAAAAAGACACACACUAACAACACACUUAGCAGGUGAGAACAAGGAAGGUCAACAAAACACAACAAAGAGCACCACCGGCAUAAUCGAACGGCAUCGGCUAGCCGAGACCAACCCACGGCACUGCACCGUCGACGCAAUCGAAAGGCUCCAUGCAACCGAGACUGCACAACGCCGCGACACCACCUGUGUCAUGGGGCACAUUCGAAGGGUCACGCUAGGCCGAGAUGACGCCACAGCUCCUGUGUGCCACCGGAGUAGUCGAGGGGCGUCCCCUAGCAGACCAAACGACGACACUGCACCGUCGACGCAAUCGAAAGACACCACGCAUCCGAGACUGCACAACGCCGCGACACCACCUGUGUCGGGGGUACAUUCGAAAGGGCACGCGAGGCCGAGACGACGCCACAGCACCUCUGUGCCACCGGCGUAGUCGCAGGGCACCGCCUAGCAGAGACACACCAAGAAGCACUCGAGCACGAACACCGCCAAAGAAGAGCACAAAACCAAUAGUUGUUUUUACAAAUCAACUAUUAGAGAAUAUCCGAAAGUGUAUUCUUGAUCGAAAAGAAAGUGUAUCUUGUAGUUUUUUUUUGUCAAAUCAAUAGUUGUUUUAUUUU